GGAGGAGGCGGGAGCGGCCCGGCGCGAGUUCCAGGUCCUCUAUCACCUCUCUCCGAACCUAAGCUACGUUGCAUCUUUCCUGAGGUGCCGGCACUGAAGCUGCCCGCGUACAGUGCUGAGGCUGCCGGUUGUGUGGGUGUGCUCUGAACCUCCAGUUGUAUGUUUUUACAGUUUCCAGGUGGCUUACAAUGAUUUUUUUCCUUCUGACUGCUCAUUUUAUCAGAGUUGCUCAUCGUUAGUGUGCUCUUCCUCUUGGGGAGGCACGUCUUAUAAGGGCAGGUAGUGACAGGAUGAGGGGAAAUGGUUUUAAACUGGAAGAGGGUAGAUUCAGACCAGAUAUUAGGAACAAAUUCUUAACUGUGAGGGUGGUGAGACGCUGGAACAGGUUGUCCAGUGAGGUUGUGGAUGACCUCUCCCUGGAAGCAUUCAAGGCCAGGCUGGAUGGGGCUGUGAGCAGCCUGAUCUAGUGGGACGUAUCCCUGCCUAUAGCAGGAGGAUUGGAACUGGAUGAUCCUAGAGGUCCCUUCCAACCCAAACCAUUCUAUGAUUCUUCUGAUCCAAAUUGAAACAAUAUUGUUAAGCUUCCUCUUGUUCCUUAAUGCGUACCCCUGCCCUGCAGUUUUUGUUUAGAUAACAGAAGGAAAUUCUUCUGAGUCUUUGUCCUGAGGAAAUAGGAGGUCUUGCCUGGAAUCGGUGACUGCAUGUAUAACACACUUGUGGGAAACUUCUUCAUUUGUAACAAACCUCUUGGAAAAAUUCUGCACAUGUAACACAAGUAAUGUAUGUAAUCUGAAUAUCUUUUGUGUAAACUAUGAUAGGAUUAUCCCCAUGCAUCCAGUGCUGAUAUUAAAGAAUUUCUGCUUUCUAACACUUAGAGCGUUUCCUGAUCGACUGUCUUACAGUAUCAGUUCUCUUUCCUGAACUAAGCACAGCACAGUGGAUUUCUUGUGUUUGCCACAUGAAUGCAUGCGUUGAGUCCACGCUCCUUACCGUUCAUGACAGAGCUGCUCUUCUACAGUAACACUGUGUACCAGGCCCUGUGAAGUACUCAAAGUCUUUUUGCUUUUCCUAUUAUGUGUUCCUUGACCAAACACUUGGUGAAGUGUUCAUUAACUGUUGUUAAAAACACAGAUCAUAGAAUCACCAGGGUUGGAAAAGACCUCCAAGAUCAUCCAGUCCAACCAUCCACCUACCACCAAUGUUUUCCCACUAAAUUGUGUCCCUUAGUACAAUAUCAAAACAUUUUUUGAACACCCCCAAGGACAUGAGGUCUUCCCUGGGCAGCCUGUUCCAGUGCCUGACCACUCUUGGAGAAUAAAUUUAUCCUAAUGUCCAACCUGAAUCUCCCCUGGCACAACCUGAGGGCAUUCCCUAUAGUCCUGAUGCUAGUUACACGGGAGAAGAGGUGGACCCCUACCUCAUCACAACUUCCUUUCAAGUAGUUGUAGAGAGCAAUAAGGUUCUCCAGACUAACCAAUCCCAGUUCCUUCAGCUGCUCCUCAUAAGACUUGUGCUCCAGACUCAUCACCAGCUUUGUUGUCCUUUUCUGAACAUACUCCAGGGCCUCUAUGUCUCUCUUGUAGUGAGGGGCCCAAAACUGAACACAGUAUUGGAGGGGUGGCCUCACCAGUGCUGACUGCAGAGGGAUGAUCACUUCCUUGCUCCCACUGGCAACACUAUUUCUGAUACAAGCUAGGAUGCCGCUGGCCUUCUUGGCCACCUGGGCACACUGCUGGCUUAUGUCUAGAGCAUCGAUCGACACCCCCAUGUCCAUUUCCUCUACACAGUCUUCCAGCCACUCUGCCCCAAGCCUGUAGCAUUGCCUGGGGUUGUUGUGGCCAAAGUGCAGGACCUGGAACUUGGUCUUGUGGAACUCCACCUCAUUGGCCUCAGCCCAGCUAUCCAGCCUGUCCACAUCCCUCUCUAGGGCUUUCCUACCCCAUGGCAGAUCAACACUUCCUGCCAAGUUGGUGUCAUCUGCAGACUUACACUCAAUUCCCUCAUCCAGGUCAUUAGUAAAGAUACUGAACAGAAUGGGCCUCAGUACAGACCCAUGGGGAACUCCACUCGUGACCGGUUGCUGGUCACGAGAUGAAAUAGAGAAAAAUUACAGAGAAGUAAAAGGUUAUUUGGGGAGGGACAGUGCAAUCUUUCACCAGACAGCUUGAACAUUUUCCAGUAAGGAUCAGCUGAUUUUAUAUUCCUACUGUGAAUUAAACACAUUCAAGAUAAAACUGAUCUAUAAUGCUUCCAUAUUUUUUUUAAGCCUAUAUGAAAAAAAAAAAAUAACUGUCCACAGUCACACCUGUUGUCCAUUAGGAAGCUGGAAUCAUAUGAACUAUAGAAAAAGCCUAAGAAGUUAAGCUUCAGGAAGAGAAAUUGGACAGAGAAAAAAUUACAAGCAGAAUUUAAACACUAAAGGAAGAUGUCUUUUUUCCCCAAAAUCUCUUUCCAACGUGAAGUUGAAGAGUAUCUCAGCAAAGUGUUCAGAAAUAAUGAGCUUAUAACUGCUUUAGGUACAAAGGAGGCAGAGAGUAAAUAUCAGUCUCUGUUAAGUCAUCUAUCUCAUCCGCCAGCUAUCACAACUGUUAGAGUUAAUACCAACUUGGCCUCAGUGAGACACGUGAAAAAGUUGCUGCUUGAAGAGAUCCAGAAGCAAUUUAAAGGAAUCUGUGUUCCAGUUCUUGAGCACCCACAACUCCGGGACAUCUUAUUAAUUCCUUCUAUUGGACCCAGGCAAGAUUUAAAAAAACAUGAGUCUGAAGUCAUUGUUGGAGCACAGUGUGGGUACGCAGUACUUCGAGGAGCACACGUUUAUGUUCCUGGUAUCAUAUCUACUUCAAGAUUUGUGAAGGCUGGAGAUUUAGUCUCAGUCUAUUCAGAUAUUGAAGGAAAAUGUAAAAGAGGAGCCAAAGAAUUUGAAGGAGUCAAAGUUUUCCUUGGAAAUGGGAUUUCAGAACUGAGUCGCAGUGACAUUUUCGGUUUGAAUGGCCGAACGACUGGGUUAGGCGUAAGAAUGACAGAGCCAGUCUACCUUAGUCCUUCGUUUGACAGUGUGCUUCCUAGUCAUUUAUUUUUACAGAACUUACCUUCAGUAGUUGUCAGCCAUGUUUUAAACCCUCAACCAGGAGAAAGAAUUUUGGACAUGUGCGCUGCACCUGGAGGAAAAACAACCCAUCUUGCAACAUUAAUGCAUGAUCAGGGUGAAGUAAUAGCAAUGGACAAGAUAGCUAACAAGGUCAAAAAAAUUAAGCAGAACGCUGAAUUACUACAGUUGAAUUGUAUAAAGGCAUUUUGCUAUGAUGGAACAAAAGCACUGUCAGUUGAGAAGAGAGAGGAUAAACAAGAAGGACCUCCAUUCUUACCAGAAUCAUUUGAUCGAAUUCUUCUUGAUGCUCCAUGCAGUGGGAUGGGGCAGAGACCAAACAUGGCUUAUUCCUCGACUUUAAAGGAAGUGACCUCUUACCAGCCACUGCAGCGCAAGCUUUUCACUGUGGCAGUGAAAUUGCUGAAGCCAGGAGGUGUUUUAGUAUACAGCACAUGUACAAUUACACUUUCUGAAAAUGAGGAGCAAGUUGCAUGGGCCCUGGAAACUUUUCCAUGCCUCCAGCUUCAGCCACAGGAACCACACAUUGGAGGAGAAGGCAUGAGGGGAGCUGGACUGGCGCUCCAUCAGUUGAAGCUGCUGCAGAGAUUUGAUCCAUCUGCUGGGACUUUGCAAGGAACGGAUAUGGAAUCUUUGCAAGAUUGCAGGGAAGAAGAUUUGGUUUCACUGGCAAAUAAGGACUGCAUAGGAUUUUUUAUUGCAAAAUUUAUGAAGUUGAAGGGUAAAUAAGCAUCUAGCAGUACAACCUGGAAAAAUACGUCUGUGAGCCUAAGAGCAGAUCAGACGUGAAGUGCAUGUGGUGGUGCUGCGAGGUUGCCAAGCCAACGGGUGACGGCAGGGUUGCUAUGGCAGCGCUACAAUCUGCCAGCUGUUCUGCUGGGAAAGAGCCACAGGUUGCAGAAAGUCGGGGCUGGGGGAAGGGCAGCAUCAUUUUUAGGCCUGUUUGCUUUUAUAUUCACAGCGGGUCAGCGCCUGGAUGACAAGUAUGUUCAGUCAUGCUUUUGUCUGUUAUCUCUCGCUGUGUGAGUGGCUUACCUAGUGCCGGAGAAGUGGGAACAGGGGCUGGGGGUGGUGAGGUAAGCUGCUCUGUGAAAUGCAAGCAGAAAUAAAACGGAUGGGAACCAUGACUGUGAA